UCGAAUGUGAAAUUGUUUGUAGUUAUAGGACUUUUAUUUUGAAGGUUGUGAGUAUGUUGUGUGGUGAUCAGGUUCAGUUUGUUUUCACGAUUUGCUUGUUUGGCCUCGAUUAAGGCUUGACGAUGGUUUGUGAAAAAUGUGAGAAGAAACUUGGGCGAGUAAUUACUCCUGAUACCUGGAAAGAUGGUGCAAGAAAUACAACAGAGAGUGGUGGGAGGAAGAUCAACGAAAAUAAAAUGUUGACAUCAAAAAAGGCCAGGUUCGAUCCCUAUGGAAAGUCAGGCUUUGCUACGUGCAGAAUAUGUAAAAGCUCCGUCCACCAGACCGGGUCACACUACUGUCAGGGAUGUGCUUACAAGAAAGGGAUCUGUGCCAUGUGUGGCAAGAAGGUUCUGGACACCAAGAACUACAAACAGACCUCGGUGUGAUUAGCACGGGAAGACGUUUCUAUGACAUGUCUUAUUAAGGAGGUGGGAGAGUUGUGUAGAAAUCCUCCUCAUUAUAUUCAGAUUAAAUUAGUGGCCUAUCAGUUUGCGGUGGUGUUUAUGUUCUUAUUCAGCACAAUGGUGCAGUAUUAUAGAACUGUCACACAGCUGGAUUUACAUUUUUGACAUUUUUUCCUCAAUAGAUUACAUUAAAGCAAUAUAGCAACUUGCACUGUUUGGAUAAAAUUAGAUGCCUUUGCUAAAUGUGAAAGGUCUAUGUACUUGUUUUAAUCAUGUUUUCUGAACAGAUUAUGGAACAUUUCCCCAUUUAAAUGUUGAUUUAUUUGCAAGCCAUAUUCAAUAUAUGUAUAUUUUUUGAAAAACACGUCACAGUGACACCACUACAGACUAUUUUAGUACCAGGUAUUCACAGACAGUUAACCUUGAGGUUCCAAUGUUGACAUUUAAAUAUCAUCUUUUCCUUGAGGCUGUUUUUUUUUUACCCAUUUCUGUGACUAUGAAUUUUGUAAGUUUGUGUUUUAUUCAAGACUGUUUAAUGCAUAGUACACUGAAUAAUUAUGAUCAUGAGUAAUAUUAUUAUUCUUGCCAUCUCUUCUGUGUAUGUUUCUUUUGCGCUUCUCCUACUUUUAUGCCUUUAAAUAUGUCUGGUUUUUGCCAUAAUAAAAGUGGAGUAAACCGUG